AUGCGCAACAGAGUCGCCGCGGCGGCGGCCAUCGUUCUCGCAAUCGUCCUCCUCCGCCGCCAGCGCAGCCGGACCAUUACAGCACACCGGCGGGACCUGGCGCAUGUCAAAUUCGAGGUCCAUCUCCUGGAAAAGCAGCUCGAGCUCGCGGGGCUCGAGGCCGACGCAUCGCGCGCCCGCCACGAGCGGGACCUCCGGCAGGCGGCCGUCGACGCAGCACAAGAGCUGUCGAGCGCGCCCGCGGCGGCCGCGCAACCGCCCGCGGCGCCAGCGGCGCGGGCGCCGCCGCCGCCGGUGGCGCCCGCGCCGCCGCCGCCGCGUCCACCAGCGACGCCGGCGGCGCCCGCGCCGCCGCCCGCGACACCACGGCCACCACCAGCAACGGGCCCGCUGACCUACCUGCGGGACCCCGCGUCGAAUGCCCCGCGCCGCCGCAUCACGGUCGUCGUCUACAACAAAAUUAGGGGCUACCUCGACUGGCUCCGGCCGGACUUCGUGAACGACGCCCGCACAAAGUGCUCGACGGAGUGCGUUUUCACGGACCGACGGACGGCGCACGACGGCCUAUUGUUCCACGCGAAAACUCAUUCCGCACGAGACUUUCCCCGCGGCAAGAAGUCCGCGAAGUAUCUACUGGUAAGUCUAGAACAGGACAAGUACGCGCCACUACUGCGAAAUCCGAACUACGUCUCGCGUUUCGACUACGUCAUGACCUACAACCUCGAUUCGCACCUGCCGAUGAUCACGGUGCACCCGCACUGGAACGCUUCCGUGUACUUCGCGGCGCAAGGUGUACCCUGGGCGCAGAAGAAGAAUGCGGUUGCGGCAUUUGUGUCGAAUUGUAGGAAUGCCGGCGCGGAGCAGCGGCUGAAAUUGCUCGAGGAACUCGGCAAGCACUACGAGGUCCAUUCUUAUGGAAGAUGCUUACAUAAUCGGGACGAACCGCCGCUCAAAAAGGGCGAAAGCCGCGGCGAAGCCAAAAGGCGUCUAUUGGCGUCGUACAAAUUCUCAUUAGCGUUCGAAAAUGCCGUCGUCGGCGAUUAUGUGUCCGAGAAGGUCUACGACGCGUUGCUGGCGGGUUCUCUACCGUUGUAUAGGGGUGCAAAAAGAGUCGACGACCUGCUGCCGUCUCCGAAAUCUGUGGUCAAAUUCAGUGAUUUCCAAGACGACGCGCGGAAGCUCGCGGGCCAUUUGGAGUACCUCGCUUCCAAUGAACAGGCGUACGAGGAGUACUUCGCGUGGAAGCGGACUGGUGAUAUGGCGGCCUUCGACCGGGUCCUGGACAUGACGGCUUAUAAAUAUACGGCGCUGUGUCGAGUGUGCGCGCGGCUCGCGCAAGAUCUACCUGUGUAA